UUUCGAGAAUUAGAAUCCCAACGCAGCACAUGCCCGAUCCCUCCCUCUCCAUUGCAGCGCGCAGGGAAUCCAUGCGCUUUACUGCUCUGCUUUCAUCCGGCUCGGGAUUACAUUUUCUUCUUUGCGACAUCAAUGUCGCAGCUGAGCUGCGGUUGUUCUUUCAACUUUCGCUGGCUUUGCUUGUAAAGCCCCCGCGCCAACUCUUGUCCUUUUUCUAUGCUACUCUGGCUCGCACUCCCUCUCAUUUCCCUUGCUCAUUAAUGCACUCCAUACCUGUCUGGCUCCACUUCUAUUUGACCCCAUCAUCAUCUCCUCUCUCUCUUUCUUCUCGCUAUAAAUCAUACAACAGGCAGUGAUCACACUGAACAAUUAACUCCCCUUCUCUCGAAAUGGGACUUCUCCACCGGAUCAACUCUCUCCUUUUAUUCAUACUUCUCUGCGGUUCCACUGCAUUCAACCAUUCAGUGGAAGGGAGAUUGCAAGCGUUCAGGCUUCUGGAAAUCGCAAGCGGCGUUAGAGAUCAAAAGGUGCGAGCUUUGAUUGGGUCAAGGCCUCCGAUGUGCGAGAGGAGGUGCAGAGGAUGCGGCCACUGCGAGGCAAUUCAAGUACCCGUGAUCCCUCAAGCACUGAACAAGGCCAUGGCCUCCGAUCUGAGGGGAGACAUCGGCUCCAAUUACAAGCCCCUGAGUUGGAAAUGCAAGUGCGGAGACUUGAUAUUUAAUCCUUGAAAUUCUAUACGAGAUCGACCAACUGUGGAUAAUAUACCGUGCUUGAUGCUUCUUUUCUACAUUUCCUUAAUCUUCUUAAUUCCCCUUCUGUUCGGAGAUCAAAAAUAGACAGAAACUACGUUGACAAGACAGGGCACAAGUUUUCCGGCCACGCCAUUCCUUCUCCACGAAAUGUCAUGUCCAGCGAAUCAAUCCAUCUCGCUUCCUGGCGAGAUUUGGGUGCAGUAAAGCUGCGGGCGAUAUCUCGAUCUCGAAAUGUGUGCGUCGAUGAGGCAUCUCAUUGAUGUCAUCGCGUGGCAGCAAAUUGAAGAGGAUCUCUUUUUCUUUGGGCAUCAGCCAUGCACGCAGACUGCUGCUGCUGCUGUCUGUGGCUAGCUCUGUUGUCCUGAUCCAAGAUUCCAGAUUGGGGAGGAAAAAGAUGAUGAAAGGAAAUUAUUAAAUUUGUUGAUUAUUAUAAAACAGAGAGAGAUCGAUCGACUUGGAAUAAUUGAAUAUGAAGUGGUGGUUUGCUGGUCAUUAUGUGGAGGCCAUUGACCGUUGGUC